UCGUGCUUCUUCUUCUUCCGCGCGAUUUCAGCGACGCUGACGUUCCGGAGGGUCAUGUGAUCUGCUCCGUUCUGAACCGUGAGAGCCUAUUUGCCCCACCCCACCUCUUCAGUGCUGGCUAAGAUUGCUUUGCCCUGUUCUCGGACAGAGACAGACGGGGGGAAGAAUUAACGUUAAAAAUAAAGCCUUUUAUGGAUCACUGUCGCACAUCCAGCAGUUCGGCGAGGGACUCGCGCAAACACCGUGGAGGAAUGUGAGCGCGCGCGGCUCACUCUCACCGGCCUUCUGCACGUGCGUGAGAGGUGCAGCUCCGAACGCUGGACCCGAAGCUGAGGCUGUCAGCGCCGAGGUUAAACCGCCGCCAGAUAUGUGGAAAAGCUGAUAGGUUUCUCUCGUUUGGUCGUUUUAGCGUGUUGGGAUUGUGAGCGCUACUGUUUUGGGUUUGUUUCUGUUCAGUCGAAGGGAGCUUUCGAAGCGAAAGGACGGACAUACGCUGAAUUUCAGGAGAAGCUAAACUAACGAAGGCCCCUUGGAUCGGAGGAGGAGGAGGGGGGCAGCAGCCAUCACAGAAACGGGCGAAAUGAAGAAAAAUUGACUUAUUUUCACAGACAAACGCGAAUACACGGAUCUACGACUGCUUCAAAACACGGGACCGGUUUUGAGAUUUGGUGUCCGAGUGUGAAAACGAACCAGACGAGGGGAAAAAAAGGAUAGUUGUAGCUCAGAGAAUUUUCGUUGGUCUUGCUAGCCAGUUAGCUAGGCUACACGGCUGCCUCUGCGUGGAUCAGGGCUACAAGUAGGAAACGAGGGCCUUGCUAAGCUGAAAUGGUUAAAAUCAAACAAGACCCGUGUGUAUGUGUUUCAGUGUGUGCGAAGAAAUCGAAACGAGUUGUUUUUUUCAACCAGUACGUUGGGUAAAUCCGUUUCGUGACAUGAACUCGUCUUUUCUUCAGCUCUUCGUUGGAAAGUUGAGGGUGGAGGCCUCAAGUAAUCAAUGGAUGGAUAUUAAGCUGCUUUAGCUAUCUAGGACGUAAGCAUUAGCUUGUACAUCGAGGGAAUUUAAGCGACCAUUUGUGUCCGAUCUCUAAAAAAAAUCGACUUUUUUUUUUUUAACCCAGUGCUAUGAAAACACGCAUAAUGAACUCGUUAGUCAUACAUCAAUGUCAUGGCUGAAAUGGUCACUGAGGCAGGCUAUAGGUUACAUCAGAAUCAUAAUUGCGACCACGUUAAAGAUGUGUAGCCUACAUGUCCUCGGCACUGAGAGUCAUUUCGUGGAUCGAGCCCAAAUAGAAUAAGCUUGUUCGUGGUUUUUUUUUUUUUAAUUAUUUUAUUUAUUUUUUUUGUUGCCAUCACAUUUCCCCUGGACCUCCUCUUUCACGGGAAAGAUGGGCUGCUUGGGCAACAGCAAGACCGAGGAUCAGAGGAACGAAGAGAAGGCGCAACGGGAAGCAAACAAGAAAAUCGAGAAACAGCUUCAGAAAGACAAACAGAUCUACAGGGCCACGCACAGACUGCUACUUUUAGGUGCGGGAGAGUCUGGGAAGAGCACUAUUGUCAAGCAGAUGCGGAUUUUGCAUGUUAAUGGCUUCAAUGCUGAAGAGAAGAAACAGAAGAUUCAAGAUAUUAAGAACAAUAUAAAAGAGGCUAUAGAGACCAUAGUUGCUGCUAUGAGUACUCUUGCUCCGCCUGUCCAGGUCGCCUGUGCAGAAAACCAACAGCGACUCGAAUACAUCACCAAUUUACCUAAUCAGAAGAACUUUGAGUUCACAUCUGAGUUUUACGAGAAUGCAAAAAAACUAUGGCAGGAUGAUGGAGUGAAGGCCUGUUAUGAGCGUUCCAAUGAGUAUCAGCUGAUUGACUGUGCACAGUACUUUUUAGACAAAAUAGACAUUGUGCAGCAGAGUGACUACACACCAUCUGACCAGGACCUGCUCAGAUGCAGAGUUCUGACCUCUGGUAUUUUUGAGACCAGAUUCCAGGUGGACAAAGUAAACUUCCACAUGUUUGAUGUGGGUGGGCAGAGAGACGAACGUCGGAAGUGGAUCCAGUGUUUUAAUGAUGUAACUGCCAUCAUCUUUGUAGUGGCCAGCAGUAGCUAUAACAUGGUCAUCCGAGAAGACAAUCAAACCAACCGUCUCCAAGAAGCACUUAAUCUCUUCAAAAAUAUCUGGAACAACAGAUGGUUGCGAACGAUCUCUGUAAUUCUCUUCCUGAAUAAACAGGACCUUUUGGCUGAAAAGGUUUUGGCAGGAAAGUCAAAAAUUGAAGAAUAUUUUCCUGAGUUUGCUCGCUACACCACACCAGAUGAUGCAAGCCCCGAGCCAGGAGAGGAUCCGCGAGUCACAAGGGCGAAAUAUUUCAUCCGGGAUGAAUUCCUGAGGAUCAGCACAGCAAGCGGUGAUGGCCGCCACUACUGUUACCCACACUUUACAUGUGCAGUGGACACGGAGAACAUUCGCCGUGUCUUCAAUGACUGCCGAGACAUCAUCCAGAGAAUGCACCUCCGCCAGUACGAGCUCUUGUGAUCGGAUGAGCUCUAGAGGCAGACUUUUAAAGAGACAGACUUUUGAGAAUCGUGUGUUUUGGCGGAGUUUGAGAGUGAUGGAUCGUCUAAAAGCUGUGGGCUAUGGCCCCUUUUACACUUACACACACACACACACACACACACACACACACACACACACACACACACGCUUUUAUCAUGCUGUUGAGGACCAAAUAUCAUGCCGUAUCCAUUUGAAGCAACAGCCCCAUUUCAAGACAGUUAAUUGCGCACGCACACACACACACACACACACACACUGACUGAGACGUAACUAAAAGUUUAUUUAAGUCAAGUCAUAUGAUCAUGUGCAUACGUAGAUGACACACACAGACGUAUCUAAAAUUGCUCAAACCUGACAAAAUUGUACUCCUACAAACACACAGCUUACAGUCUCUAGUUUUGCUUAUUGUGUCCGCUCACCCACUCAUCAGUGUGUGUGCCAUAACACACACAUGCGCCUGCGCGCACACCGCUGACCCCGGCAGUACCUGACAGUCUUGAGCUGAUUUGUGAUGGCCCCACUGUUGGACCUGAUUCACAGGACUGUGCUUGACUGUUUUUGAGUUUUCAGUUGGCUGGAUCAGCUUUAUUUGCCAUCCCAUGACCUCUCUUACGGAGAGAAGGAUGAUUUCUCAGCAAAUGCUACAAGAGCAGGACAGGCUGCAGUGAGCAAGGAGGACACUUGAGACACAACCUUGUCGUGUGACUUGCUAGCUGGUUUUGGAAUGAUAAAACUUGAACGGUCGCAACUCUCCACUCCGCAUCCCCACUCCCUUCUUUGAUCUACUAAUUUAAUGCAAAUAAUUUGAGAGCACUCUUGCUUUUUGGGGGGGGGAAUACACACAAACACAUACACAACAGGUAAAGAUGACUUUUGCCAAUGGAAUACUGCUCCCUUCUACCGUAUUUCCUAUUGGUCACUCUUGCCAUCUUCCCAGUCCUCCUUUUCCUGUUCUCCUGCUCUCUCUUCCCCUCCAACCCUCUAUUUUAUUGCUGGACUAUUAUUCUUGUACAGACUGCAAAAUGUAUUAUUUUGUACUUUAUUGAAAAAAAAGACUUGUAGAAGUUCCUGUGCCUUGAUCACAACACUGCGUGUAAAAAGGAGAAAAAGAAAAAAAAAAGAAAAAGAGCUAAAGGCGUAAGGUAUGUCUGCGCUGUAUUGCUUAGCCUCUUAGCCACCCUUCCAACCAAUCAGUUGAGCCUCUUUGUUGCUCUUUCUCUCUUUCCCUCAUGCCUCUGCUUCUCCCAUGUUGUGUUAUUCCAGAUUGCUUUACAUCCACAUACCCCCCUGCCUGCUUCCUGAAGAGAGAAAUAAGUAGAACAAGUAUGGAUGUAAAAACAAACAGCUUCUUGGUUUUAAUUGAAUCAAGGAAAUUUAACAUCAAUUGUGUGCACUUAAUGGUAUGUGCGUUACUGCAAUUGCAGUCCUGUUCCCAGGGGCUGGAAAAUGACCUUAUUGUUUUAUUUCAGUUUUAGCUUUAAGGUUAAAGGUGGUGGGGGUGGGAGGUGGCUAUCCAAAUGCAAAAUCUGGCUUGUUUCUACAUUAUUCCAUUUUUUUCCUAACUAAAGAAGAAGCCAAAAUAGUUCUGUUUGACUCAUUCUUGGUUGUGUCUCAAGGAAAUCAUAUUAUUGUUUAUUAUUAUUAUUAUUAUUAUUAUUAUUAUUAUUAUUAUUAUGCGAAAGACUAGCGCUUAAAGAGGAAGGUAACCUCAUUAAGGAAAGAAAAAUCUGACUUGAUAUCAAAAGUGUGGAUUAAGAUUUACCCAAAUAUAACCACUAGAUGGUGACAAACUCAAGACAGGUUGUAACUCUGCAUCCUGUAAUACAAUUUUUGCAGUCAGGUGUUUUUAAAAGUAUUUCUUUAUGCUGAGCGUCAAUCAUGCAUUUAGAACAUGCAUAUUAAAUUUAGUCUUGUGUAUUAUGUAGGCUACUCACCCAUCUGGUUUCAGUGAGCUUAUGAAAAUGUACCGAGGCUCAUUUAUGCUCAGUAUUCAAUAUGGAAGGAGCUUUCUGUCAGUACUCCUCCGUUCGUUUCCUCCAUAUUUGUGCACGUUUUCUGAAAGCUUAUGAUAUGGAUAAAAUGGAGCAAAUCACUGAAAUUCGUGGGGGCAAUGUAGCCAAUUGUUUAAGCAAAAUGCGCCAAAUAAAAUUUUGAAGUGGCGGAAAGUUUUGAGGAGGAUAUGCGAUUUAAUAAAACUUUGAACAUGGAUAUGAUGGUUACAGUAUCUAUGACGCUUCCUCUGCUUUUGCGGCCUUCUUAACAAGGACGUUGUUAGAACCCCCUCCACUGUCAUGUUUAUCAGAAACUUUUGACUCUGAGCUGCCCUCUAGUGGAUGUCUUGCUUACUGCAAUGAUUGCAUCCUUUUGAAAUGGACGUAUUUAUUUUUGUAUGUAAAGGGAGCAUAAAUGAGCCCAAAUGUGGGGGAGAAAGCUGCUUGUUAAAGAUUGAAACAUGCCUGUCAAGCCAAAAUUGUGAGAUCUAAAAAAAAAAAAUUGAUUGGUUUGGGCAUAUGAAAAAUCAGCAGUAACUGAUCCUAUGAAGCCAAAUUACAUAUAUAGUGGCAUGUAAUGCAUGAGUAUUACCUUCUUGUUUUCCAUUUGAAAUGGUCUCUGUACCUCAAAACUAGUCUGGACAGUCAAAACAUUUCUGCACACAAAUCUAUCUACUGCAUAUAUUCUGGAGUAUCACCUAGGAGUUUGUGCCCUUUCCAUUAAGUUUAAUGGUAGUCUUGGCAAAGUGGCAGUAAGCAACGUCAAGUGUGUUGUCUUGUGAAUUAAACAUAAAGAUACAGGUUGACCUCUUGUUUUACACACCAGAAGGAAGCCUGUUUCAUUAUACGGUAUAACCUGUGGGAAAGUUGGAAGCAUGUCUUGAAGCUUUUUCUCCAUUUUAGCUGGAGCUCUAACUGCAAAAAAAAGUCCAGAACUCUGGUCUGGGAGAGACCAUUUACAUAAUGUAUACACUAUCCAGCCACUUUGUAGGGGAACAGCUGUUUAUUCAUUAAAUAUGAUCAAAUUAGCCAGUCAUUUGUCAGCAGCACAUUGCAUCAAAUCAUGCAGAUACCAGGCAAGGGCUUCAUGUAAUGGAGAAGAAUACCACGUUUGAGUUCUGCUCCCAUCACAAAACAAAAGGAAUCUGGGUUUACAGUGGGAACAGACUCACUGAAACUGGACAGUUGGUUUUUCCAGUCUUAAACUGUCCAUGUGCUCACUGACCAAAAGUGGUGGAACCUGAUAUGGUCCUUCUGCUGUUAUAGCCCAUCCACCUCAAUGUUUGACAUGUUCUGAGUUGCUUUUCUGCUCACUUCCAUUGUAAAGUGUUUUAUUAGGGUUGCUGUAGACUUCAUGUCAGCUGGAAUUAGUCUGUCCAUUCUCUGCUGACCUCUCUCAACAAGACACUUCCAUCUGCAGCAUUACACUGCUGCUCACUGGAUGGGGUGUGUUUUGUGUAAUGUCUGUUAUCUGUAAUGUCUAGCAUCUCAGAGGAGAACAGCAGUUUCUAAAAUACUUCAACCACCUCAUCUGGCAACAUGGUCGGUCACGGAGAUCAUUUUCCCACAUCAAAUUUGAUGUGAAAUGUUAAUUGAAGCUUUUGACUUGUAUCUGCAUGGUUUUUAUGCAGUGGGUGUUCCUAAUAAAGUGGCUGGUGAGUAUGUCAACUGCCCUUUAAAAACUUGCCAAACAUCCUACAGGCUCUGCCUUAAUGCAGUGCUAUUCCUCAAAGGAAACACCAUUUUCUGUUCUGCCUGUUAAUUCAGUAGUUUACUGCACAAGGGCGAGUCAAAUGAAAACCUGUGAAAGUGACCUGAGAAUUGAAGCUUUUGUUGUUGUUUUUUUUCCUAGAGGGAUCCAGACACACGUUAAGUGCUGUAACACUUGUACUGAGUGAAAUGAAAUUCUAUAGAAAAAUGGUAUAGGGGGGGGGGGGGGGUGUUGAAACUCACCCUUGGAGCAGUUUCAGCAAGUCUUUCAUGAGCAACACGUAGCAAGGAAAUAGCAAGGACUGUUUCUCUGCUGCAGUGGAAGUCCACAUCCUUUUUAUUUUAUUUUUUUGUGUCCACACACUCGAUCAGAUUUUCACUGAAGUUUGACAGUGAGGUGGGAAGGCCGGUGCUCAUUUGGGGGUGAGCAAUAUUUCGAUGCCUUUUGACAAUUCCUUGGGAUCAUUGGCCUACUGUGAGCUGUCCAUUUUAUCAACUGAUUUUAACUCUGAAAUGUCCUGAUAUGUGAUCUUAAGUUUCCCAUGUUAUUUGAAAAACAAAGCCUCCUGGCAGUAUGACAUCCACAAUAUACUGUGCAAAAGUUUGCAGACCCUUGAAAAAUGAUGAAACCAAUACGAUUUAAUGCCCAUUUGUUUUCCGUUUGACACGUGAUAGCUGUUUUUCUGAUCGAACAAACGACUUGAUUGUUCACCGCUGUAAAUAAGACUUAAAAUAAACAUGGUAACCUGGUAA